AUGUCAUCGUCACAGAGCUCAACACCCCACCGGACUCCGCAGCCUUGCAUGCUGGUUCCUGAUCUCUCUGUUCCGGAUCCGACGGCCGGUGAGAUAGACCUGGCCAGUCAUUCCUGGAUGGUGGCCACUCUCAUCGAAGACGACGAUCUCAUGUUCGGUGGCAAGCCCCUGAGCGCCUGGUACGAGGAGGACAGGAGGAGAUUUAGCUCGUGCAUUGACGAGGAGGAGACAAGAGGGCGACAACGUGAACGCGUUCUCAUCGACGACCAUCACCACCGCAAGCCGCCACAUGCACAUAACCAUCACCACUCCAAGCAAACCAACGAAGCCAAGAGUUGA